AAGUUGUAAGGCGAAAAUGUGGUAGGCGAUCGAAUUUCGAUACUAAAUUUGUAACUGUGAUGACAAAUGUAUUGAAUAAGUAUGUUGAUACUUCGUUUAGAUUUACUGAAGAAAUGACUGAGAUACUUCUGGAGAACAUUUUCGGCAAGAACACGGAUUUGAGGAACAACAUAUUCGACGUGAACAACCUUCUGAACUACCUGAGGAAGUCUGUUGACCGACACAAAAUACACGCACACAAACAAGUGAUAACUUUGAGGUCCAGGCACUGCCUGACCCUAUCUAUACCGGGAUGUUUCUGUAAAUCUGGAUUUGUGGAAAGUUCAGGCCAAUGCGUGAAGCCAGAAGAUUGUAUCACGAAUGAGAACCACUUGCAAUAUUUAACUAGAAUUGUUGUACUAUAACUGUGAUUUGAAAUAAAAA